CAACAACAGGCACGCGCUGAAACCGGCACCGGGUACGCGGUCCGGUGUGCUUACGCGCAUUUUGGACCACGUUUUUCUGUUUUGGAGUCAGUCGGUGAGGAAGGCAGGUGGGGAGGAGGGGUCCCGUUGUAACGGGGCAACUGUGAAUAACGGGAAAGCGUCGCCAAUCGGUUUUAUAAACUGCGUUCAAAUCCGGAACCGGACUUUUUGAACUUUGACGUAAUUUAAAUAAAAAGAACAGAUUGAAUGAGUUAGAUCCGGUUUUCGGGAGCAGCCUUAAAGUAAUCAGUGGCUUUUCUCACCGACCUUUAACCCCUGAUUGCUGCUUUCUUCCUUGUUCAGCUGCUCUUUUUAGAAACUCUCGCGCAGGUUUCUCACCUCAAAACUGAAAUAAAAGUCAUACUUUUCUUUCAUUUUACGGCAUUUUCUCCUAAAUAAUUAUAAUUUAUUUGUUAAACCCAAACCUGAACUAUCUAACGGCCCAAGAAUGACUCAAUCGUUCUGCUAUACCUGUCAAAUCCCAACGUUUAUCGCCGGUUUUACAUAUAAAUGACUGGCUGAGGGGGGAGCCACGUCUCCCCCUCCUCUGAACAAUCCCCAUUGUUGCCGUCGGCGGAGGUUUUAUUGUAGCAGCACUCCGGUAUCAGAUAACAAGUAACGGACUACACCCUAAACCUGUCUCCUCUCUCACCCAUCCCCUCCCCCCUCAGACCCUCUUCACCGUUACCUUUUAAUCAUCUCCAUCCGCUGAUGAUUUUGACACGUGUUUAGUUACUUUAAUUGUUUGUCUUUGUGUUUUAAACGAUCAAAUAAUUUGUUGUGCAAAACUGAAAACGUGAUCACUGCACUUUCUGUGAUGCGUUUUUACGCAUCGAAACUGUAAAUUGGAGCAAUUAAAUAAGCGAAACCCCCAGUUGGCAUAAAGUCAGAGUGCUAACGAAUUAUUUUUCAGGAUUAAGUCGAAAAAAUCUGCAUAAUCCCAAAUUAUGUGACUGAUUUUUAUUAUGUAAUUAAAAAUAAACCAGGAGCGCUUGUGCGUGAUGACGCAUACUCAUCCACCCCCUCCGACAAAAACCCACAGCAACGGUCUCAGUCCUUCAGGUAUGUGCCGUUACUUGAUGUACCUGCCUGGCGUGCGUUUGCGUGCGUUCUCUGGGAACACGCACACAGUUUCCAUCUUCCCCCCAUCCGUCCUGAUGGAAGCUGAGGCCAGUCCUGCUGAGACCAUUCCUCUCUGCCUCACCAAGAACUCUCAGUCAGACUCUCACGCCGAGUUGCCCUCUAGCACGGUCCUCGGAGAACCCCAGAGUCCGGCAGAUUCACCCGAGACCAGGUCAGACAUCAGGAGGAGGUGGCAGACCAGCUCCAUUUAUGUCCGAUCCAAAAUCAAGGUAACUACAGGUGAGUUGCCUCCUGACUCGACUCCUCCCCUUCAAGCUCCUCCCCCCAUUUCCGACCCGUCACCUGUAACUCCACAAGCCACCGUUAUGCCAGCCGCCCAAAAUCCUCUCCACGUCCCUUUAGAAGUUGUCCCUGUGGCAACCGAAUCUCCAAGUCAGAAUCAAAACCCAUCACCAGUAACAACAGGAGGAUAUGUGUGUCAGGUUUGUGAGAAGACAUUCCAAUACCAGCGCAUGCUAAACCGACAUGUCAAGUGCCACAACGAGACUAAGAGACACCUGUGCACUUUUUGCGGCAAAGGCUUCAACGACACCUUCGACCUCAAGAGACACGUACGCACACAUACAGGUGUCCGACCAUACAAGUGCACCCUCUGCGACAAGGCCUUCACCCAGCGCUGCUCCCUGGAGUCCCACAUGAAGAAGAUCCACAGCGUCACCCUGAAGUAUGCCUACAAAGAGCGACGCAACAAGCUGUAUGUCUGCGAGGAAUGUGGCCACACGGCAGGGACUCAGGAUGAGCUGCUGCUCCACCAUCACUCACUCCACCCUGACAGCACGUUGCUCAAGGGGAAAGUUGCCAGGAGGGUAGGCGGAGUAGCCGCCGGCACCGGUGGGGGGUCCACUCCAGGUUCUCCCCAGGAAGGGGACAGUGACGACACAAAUGGAUCAGCUGGGCAAUAGGUGGUCAGGAUAAACUCCGGAGAUGAAGGAGGGAGGAGCUGACUCAUGGACGGGUAGAGGGUAAAGGGGGCGGAGCCUAACCGCACACUAACAAGAAGAGCAAAUCAAUUGUAUUUACUGUAAAUAUGUUUGUAUUUAUCAUCGUGUCUGGAUUUGGGUUUUCUAUUAUUAAUUGUAUGAUGCAUCAAACAAGUCUGACUACAGUCAGUCAAAACAUUAUGACCCUUUUGUGGGUAGUGAGACAUCAACACCACAUAAAUCUGAUCAGAUCUUGUAAGUGAAGACGGCGGAGGUGUUUUCCUUAGUGCAUCUGGUCAUUCUGCUUUGGCUCAUUUAUAUAUAUUUUUUGUGGGACUGUAUUACCUGGACUUCUCUGUACAGUAGAAGAGAUGUGUUUUCUAUGGAAAGUCUUUAUGGAAUAAAGGGAGUAAUAUAUAAGA